AUGGGACGAGAGACCCUGGCCCUCGGCUGGGCGGGCGCUGCCAUCCUGGUGUUGCAGACGCUGGCGGCGGCAGAGGGCGCCCCGCGGCACCCCGGAGAUAAGGACAGGGUAUUUGCGGACCUGAGUGCCCAAGAAAUCAAGGCCGUGCACAGCUUCCUCUGGUCCCAGAAGGAGCUGAGGCUGGAGCCAUCCAACACGCUGACCGUGGCCAAGAACUCCGUGUUCCUCAUUGAGAUGCUGCUGCCCAAGAAGCAACACGUGCUCAAGUUUCUGGAUAAAGGCCACCGGCCUCCCGUUAGGGAGGCGCGUGCCGUCAUCUUCUUCGGAGCCCAGGAGCAGCCCAACAUCACCGAGUUUGCCGUGGGGCCGCUGCCAAGGCCCCGGUAUCUGCGACACCUGCCGUUCAGGCCCAGGCACCAGGCCUCCUGGGCCUCCAGGCCCAUCUCCAAGGCAGAGUACUCCCUCUUGAGUCACAUCCUUCAGGAGGCCACCAAGCCCCUGCACAAGUUUUUCAUGCGCACAGCGGGCGCUGUGCUCGGAAACUGCUCCCAGCGGUGCCUGACUUUCACCGACGUGUCACCCCGAGGCGUGGCCUCCGGCCAGCGCCGCACUUGGUUCAUCCUGCAGCGGGAAAUCGAAGGCUACUUCCUGCACCCCACUGGGAUGGAGCUUCUGCUGGACCAUGGAAGCACGAACCCCCGGGACUGGACGGUGGAGCGGGUCUGGUACAAUGGGAGGUUCUACCGGAGCCCCGAGGAGCUGGCUAAGAAGUUCGACGAUGGAGAGGUGGACGCGGUGGUCUUGGAGGACCCUCUCGCCAAAGGCAAGGACGGAGCGAACCUGCCCGAGGCGGCCCUCUUCUCCUCCUACCAGUUACGCGGGGACUUGGGCGUCUCCAAGAGCGGCCCCCGCCUGGUGCAGCCCGAGGGCGCGCGCUACAGCCUAGACGGCCACACGGUGCGCUACGCCGGCUGGAGCUUCUCCUUCCGCCUGCGCUCGUCCUCCGGGCUGCAGGUCCUGGACGUGCGCUUUGGCGGUGAGCGCGUAGCCUACGAGGUGAGCGUGCAGGAGGCCGCGGCGCUGUACGGAGGACACACGCCCGCCGGCAUGCAAACCAAGUACAUGGACGUGGGCUGGGGCUUGGGCAGCGUCACUCAUGAGCUGGCCCCUGGCAUCGAUUGCCCGGAGACGGCCACCUUCCUGGACGCCCUCCACUACUACGACGACGACGGCCCCGUCCUCUACCCCCGGGCCCUCUGUCUCUUCGAGAUGCCCACGGGGGUGCCCAUCCGGCGGCACUUCAACUCCAACUUCAACGGUGGCUUCAAUUUCUAUGCGGGGCUCAAGGGUCAGGCGCUGGUGCUGAGGACCACGUCGACUGUCUACAACUAUGACUACAUCUGGGACUUCAUCUUCUACCCCAACGGGGUGAUGGAGGCCAAGAUGCACGCCACCGGCUACAUCCAUGCCACCUUCUACACCCCCGAGGGGCUGCGCCACGGGACCCGCCUGCACACGCACCUCAUGGGCAACAUGCACACCCACCUCAUACAUUACCGCGUCGACCUGGAUGUGGCAGGCACCAAGAAUAGCUUUCAGACCCUGCAGAUGAAGCUGGAAAACAUCACCAACCCCUGGAGCCCAGGACACCGCGUGGUCCAGCCUGCUCUCCAGCAGAUGCGGUAUUCUCGGGAGCGCCAGGCAGCCUUCCGCUUUGGACAUUCUCUGCCUAAAUACCUGCUUUUUACUAGCCCCAAGCAGAACCCCUGGGGCCACCAGCGCAGCUACCGAGUGCAGAUCCACUCCAUGGCCGAGCAAGUGCUGCCCCCAGGCUGGCAAGAGGAGCGGGCCGUCACCUGGGCCAGGUACCCCCUGGCGGUGACCAAAUACCGGGAGUCAGAGAGGUACAGCAGCAGCAUCUACAACCAGAACGACCCCUGGGACCCACCUGUCGUCUUUGAGGAGUUUCUUCACAACAAUGAGAACAUUGAAGACGAGGACCUGGUGGCCUGGGUCACGGUGGGCUUCCUGCACAUCCCCCACGCAGAGGACAUCCCCAACACAGCCACGCCCGGGAACUCCGUGGGCUUCCUGCUCCGACCCUUCAACUUCUUCCCAGAGGACCCGUCCCUGGCAUCCAGAGACCUCAUAAUCGUGCGACCUCUGGAAAAUGGCUCCAGCUACACCCAGAAAUGGAUGCCUGAGGAAGAGGGGGACUGCUUGAAGCCACCCCCUUUCAGCUACAAUGGAACCUACAGGCUUGUGUGA